UUACCAUUCAUUCUCUGUUGUGUGAACUGCAUGUGAACUUUGAGAGAAGGAACAUUCGUCUCUCAAACGAGUUAAAAUGCCGUUAUCAUCAAAGACCCCCAGGGCCCUGUCGGCCAUCUUUGAAAGUCCCAGUGAUGAUGAGGACUUCCUGGGUUUUGCAAUGUCAGUGCCUAGUGACAGCGAAUCAGAUGACAGCAGGGACAGCCUUGCCUCUGAGGACUCUGGGAAGCCGGUCGUGCGUUUCAGGUCAAAGUUUGUGACCGCAGAGUUGUGCGUAGCGGAGGAGAGUGAUGAAGACACAGGUUUCUACUCCGAGGGGGAGGAGCCAGAGACACACACAAGGAGGAGUCUCUGUGUUGCCUUUAGGUUUCCCACCAAAAGACUCUCUGCCAAGAAAGGGGAGGCACCAAAGAAACCCCAGCCAAUCACUACCGCCACUCCGAAGAGGACAACCAAUGAAAAGGAGCGUCUGAAAAGGGGUGUGUCUCAGGUGUCCCGUGGAAUGGUGACACGGGGUCAGAAACAGCCUCUAAAAAAAGAGGAGGAGGUUGAGUCUCCAGUUCUAAAUAAACGAGCCAAGAACAUCCAGGAGAACAAGGCCAUGUUGGCCAAGCUGUUUGCUGACCUGACCAACAUGGCUGAACUCUCCCCCUCUACCAUGAAGAAGAGGCGUGUGAGUGAGAAGCCGACCCCUCGUAGACGAGGUGUGCAUGAAGGGGGCGAGAGGAGGAACCCAUUGCGUGCGGCCAGACCGCCAGAGAAGUUUGGGGUGGAGGAGCGGACUACCUCCCCCUCACAUAACAACAAAUCUGUGAGGACUGUCUGUGUCAGGAAACUACUGGAGGUGGAUGAUGAGCUGAGAAGAAGUGGGAAGAAGAAGAGGGACAGCAGCGGGAAGAGGAGGAAGAUUAUACAUGUGAGAUCAGUCGAUGAGAUCACAGAGGAAGAGCUGGACAACGUGGCGGAAGGCGCCAAAGACAAGAUACUGGACAAGGACCACGGCAGCACUUGUCAUCAGUGUAGACAGAAGACUCUGGACACCAAGACGGUGUGUCGUAGCGGAGUAUGUUCAGGGGGCAAAGGUCAGUUUUGUGGGCCCUGUCUGAGGAACCGCUACGGAGAGGACGUACGCUCUGCCCUGCUGGAUCCAGACUGGGAGUGUCCUCUUUGUAGAGGUAUCUGUAACUGCAGUCUGUGUCGACGGAGAGAAGGACGUUGUGCAACAGGACAACUCGUCCAUUUGGCUCAACACAAGGGCCACAGCAAUGUCCAAGAUUACCUGGAGAGCAUCCAAAAAGAUCUUUGCGCCUAGAGACAAGACCAGACAAGCAGACAGCUCCCCUGUUGGUCAGGACAGGCAAUUACACCCUGGAGGCCCAGAGGGAGAGUCCCAGCAGACAGAGGGUGUGUCUCAAUCUCUCCUUUCUCCUGAAGUUUACACUCUUCACUACUUCCCACAAAGCAUUGGAUUUGCAGAGGCAUGGGCUAAAGGGAGUUUCCACCAAAUUUCUUAUACCAGUCAUUUCCCUACAAAUCAAUGGAUGGAAGUGAACAAGUGCACACUUUGGGCAGAAGGAGAGAUAAUUAGGACGUGGUCAUACUGACACACAGAAUUGUUCUGCUUUAGUACUGCCACAGUUCACUCGAGUCCAUUUUGAAUCUCUAGAUGGUCUAGAACAGUGUUCCUCAAUGUCUGCCACGUCCCUCUAACACCCUAUUUAAUCACAGUCAUGUUCAGUAGGGAGACAAUGUUUUGAAACAGGAGGUAGUACCUGACAUUUUCCAGUAAGAACAUGUAAUUACCAUUUAUUGUUGCAAAAUAUUUUGCUACGGUGUACACCACUGAAUAUAACCCAGGAAAACCAUAACUUGUGGAUCCCUGCAACUAAAAAGAUUGAGCAACACCGGUCUGGAUGGAUAUCUGUGGUUCCAAGACUGUGUUUACUACACAGGCAGCCCAAUUCUGAAAUCAUAUUUUUAUGCAACAGCAGUCAGGCAGUGGAGUUUAACUUUUUAUUAGACCUUGGAUGUGUCGGAGGGUACAGACAACCACUGUUAAAUUCAAUACCUUUUUAAUUUGGGGAAUAAUGUUUACGCACCGACUAUUAUGCUAAAUUAGCAUAGUUUGAGUUUACACCUAUUUUACCACUGCAUCCCUAGUAGUAAAACAUGGUUUACCUUUUACUGAAAGGAACCGAACACAAUCCCUUGAUUAUAGACCAUAGCCAAUACAAUUGGACCUAUGGGAUGUAUAGUGUACUGUUUACUACACUGUUUUAAUGUUUUUUUCCUUCUAUAUGGAGUUAAGUUUUAAGACUGCUUCUGAAAGUGGACACUGUACGUUAGUUGAAUAUGAAAUAAAGAACUGAAGUUCAAAUGUUUA